AUGAGUGGCAAUGCGCUGGCGUGCAGUUCGAUCCGCAGCGUCGCUUGCGGCCUGCUGGAGAUUCCGCCCCCUCCCAAGACUGGCAAGAAGGUGGCUCCGGCCCCAUUCCCUCAGGGAAAGGCUGGUUCCAAGAAGGCUCCCAAGAACCCUCUGCUCGAGAAGCGCCCCCGAAACUAUGGCAUCGGUCAGGACAUCCAGCCCAAGCGAAACUUGGGCCGCAUGGUGAAGUGGCCUGAGUAUGUCCGCCUCCAGCGCCAGAGGAAGAUCCUCCAGAUGCGCCUCAAGGUCCCUCCGUCUCUGGCCCAGUUCCAGCACGUUCUCGACCGCAACACUGCCGCCCAGGCUUUCAAGCUCCUCAACAAGUACCGCCCCGAGACCAAGCCCGAGAAGAAGGAGCGUCUGCUCAAGGAGGCCACUGCCAUCAAGGAGGGCAAGAAGAAGGAGGACGUCAGCAAGAAGCCCUACACAGUCAAGUACGGCCUCAACCACGUUGUCGGCCUCGUUGAGAACAAGAAGGCUUCCUUGGUCCUCAUUCCCAACGAUGUCGACCCGAUCGAGCUGGUUGUCUUCCUGCCUUCGUUGUGCAAGAAGAUGGGAGUGCCUUAUGCCAUUGUCAAGGGCAAGGCGCGCCUGGGCACCGUUGUCCACAAGAAGACUGCUGCCGUUCUGGCCAUGACCGAGGUGCGCUCGGAGGACAAGAACGAGCUGUCGAAGCUCGUCUCCGCCAUCAAGGACGGCUUCAUGGACAAGCACGACCAGGCCCGGAGACAGUGGGGUGGUGGCAUCAUGGGCCCCAAGGCGCAGAUGCGGAUCCUGAAGAAGCAGAAGGCUCUGGAGGCUGCUACCAAGAUUUGA